CUCUGAAUCAAUGUCCAAGAAUACAAGCAACUGAACAAGACCGACAAAAUGAACAAAGAUAAAGGCAUCGUACUCCUAGAAAUGGCCCAGAAGAAUGUCCUACACAGAAUUUUAGUCGCUUCCAUUCUCACUCUCACUGGAAUAAGGGAUGAUGGCAGCCAUGGCCGACCUCUUCAUCACCAGAUUUUUCCUAAUUCCCACAAUACUGCUCCUCCUUUCCUCUCCAUUUACCUCGGAAUCUGGCAGUGAAUUCCCGAUCAACGUCUGGCCCAAGCCCACAAUCUUCGACUGGCCCAGCCCGUACGCAGUUCCUCUCAGCCCAGACUUCACGGUUCACUCCCCCGCCCAUCCCUACUUAACUCCCGCCGUAACUCGUUACAUCAACGUCUUCAGAACCGAGCUCCACCGCCCAAUAGUUCCCCCGUCACUGAAAUUCAAGCCGUCCCCGCCCCUCGAAUACCUGAAUAUCACUGUCUCCGACGUCUCCGCCCCGUUAACUCACGGAGUGAACGAGUCUUACACCCUUUCUGUUCCGGACGACGGCCGCGGCGGCGCUUUCAUUUCUUCACAGACAGUAUGGGGCGCGAUGCGCGGGCUGGAGACUUUUUCCCAGUUCGUGUACGACUGCCCGUCCCGGGUGGCCUCCGGAUUGUACAUUUCCGACGCUCCUUUGUUCCCUCACCGCGGAGUUCUGCUGGAUACUUCGCGGAAUUUCUAUGCGCUUGACGAUUUGUUGAGGUUAAUUAUGGCAAUUAGUAUGAAUAAGAUUAAUGUUUUCCACUGGCAUAUUACGGACUCGCAAUCCUUCCCAUUGGUGUUGCCGUCAGAGCCGGAGUUGGCAGAUCGCGGCGCCUAUGGAGACGAAAUGAAGUACUCCCCGGAGGAUGUGAAGAAAGUUGUUGAAUUCGGGCUGCAAUACGGUGUUAGGGUUGUACCCGAGAUUGACAUGCCUGGACACACAGGAUCGUGGGCAGAAGCUUACCCUGACAUUGUGACUUGUCCAAACAUGUUCUGGUUGUCUAAUGGAAGCAACACACCACUUGCAGCUGAACCAGGAACCGGUCAACUUAAUCCCUUGAACCCGAAAACCUAUCAAGUUGUCAAGAAUGUCAUCAGUGACACCAUUGCCAUGUUUCCUGACACAUUCUAUCAUGCGGGAGCGGAUGAGAUAAACCCAAACUGUUGGAACACAGAUCCAUCCAUCCAAAAGUUUGUCUCGGACAAUGGGACACUAAGUCAACUACUUGAAACCUUCGUAAACUCCACUUUGCCUUACAUCGUCUCCUUAAACCGAACAGUUGUCUACUGGGAAGAUGUUCUACUGAGUUCUGACAUCAAAGUGACACCCUCUUCACUUCCCAGAGAGAAUGUCAUCUUGCAGACAUGGAACAAUGGGCCUAAUAACACUAAAAGAAUUGUCAAUGCUGGAUAUCGUGUCAUCGUGUCAUCAGCUGACUUUUAUUACUUGGAUUGUGGGCAUGGGGGAUUUCUUGGAAAUGAUAACCGGUAUGAUCAGCCACCGGGAACUGACCAAGGUAACGGCGGAUCAUGGUGUGGUCCCUUCAAAACAUGGCAGCUUAUUUACAACUAUGACAUAACAUAUGGAUUGAGCAACAAGGAGGCUAAAUUAGUGUUGGGAGGGGAAGUGGCAUUAUGGUCUGAACAAGCGGAUGCAACAGUUUUGGAUUCUCGGGUUUGGCCUAGAGCUUCAGCAAUGGCUGAAUCUUUGUGGUCCGGGAAUACGGUUGAAAUGGGGAAGACAAUGAAGAAGAGGUCUGGAGAGGUUACCAAUAGGUUGAAUGAAUGGAGGUACAGGAUGGUUGCCCGGGGUAUAGGCGCUGAACCGAUCCAACCACUCUGGUGUGUCAAAAACCCCGGAAUGUGUGAUGCAGUUUACCCGUUUACUGCUUAAACAAUAAGGUCAUGUGAUCUUUUGCUUAUCACGUCUGCUCUCGAGUAAAUUCUGUUCUCUCUAUUUGUAUUAGUUCCCUUUUUGCGAUUAUUAACCUUUAUUUGUAUUAGUAAAGAAAAUUCAUGAACAUAGGAGGAGAAGUGGAGAACUUAUAGAAACAAUAAAGGAUCAUUCCUGAAAUAACAGAAAUGUUUUUGGAAUUUCAAAAUAUGAGCACUAUGUUAUAUUUCUUUAUGUUAUUAUUCCCUAAAUAGAGUAAUUAUCUUGAGAGAAAAUGCUGUUGGGGACGGAGGUAGUAUAAAUUGUAAACUUGUAUGUAUAAUACAUAAGUUUGUGAAAUUCCAAA